AAAAUCCAGACACAGGGAUCAAGCUGAUUGGGUGAAAAAAUCCAGCGAGCGCCCGAGUAGUUCAGGUGCCAGUAUCAGUGGGGUCUACCAUUAUGAAACCCUAGACUCAUAUCCAGAAUAGUGGGCUUAGUUGGGCUGCUACACGGCCUUUUGGUUGAAGGAGGAGACACCGAGACAGCGACAAUGCAGAGAGGGUUUUUUUUGGGUCAUUUCUGAAACUUAUUUCAUCGCCGUUGCUAUGAUUUAGAGUUGAGGAACGGUGGAGAUUCGAUUCACAUACGAACAGCUAGCUGAUGGCAUUAUCAAUUGCCUGCUUUGAGUCCUCGUCACCGUUACAUAUUCUUAUCUUUCGAUUGUGGAAUCAAGCCAUCGACUCCAUUAAGCUCAAUGUUGUUCACUUAUUCUUUACCUCGAGGAUUCAGAGCAAUGAUGAUAUAUUGCCCUAUGGUUUCAAAAAUAUGUUGGGUGUUGUUAGUGAUCAAUGUCAGUUGAGAACUGAAGACUGGUUUUCAAAUAAGAAGAAUUAUGAAAACGAAGGAGAUCCACGUGCAGUAUUCAAUGUUUUGGACUCAUUCUUGAAGGAGAACUUGGAUCGUCUUAAAAUGAUGAGGGAGAGCAUAUCUUUGGCAAAGGUUGGUCUUAUGGGUUGUACCUCGGAAACUGACUACAGAGGACAUCUAGCUGUAAUUAGGAAUUUGUGUUUGGGAGGGAAAUUGGGUGUGGCUUUAUGGUUGCGGAGUAAAAUGAUACAGAAAGGUAUUGUCCCUGAUGUGCUUACACAUAAUUAUCUUGUUAAUGGACUGUGCAAAACCGGUGACACCCAGAAGGCAGAUUAUGUUGUUAGGGAGAUGGUUGAAAUAGGUCCUACUCCUAACUGUGCGACUUACAACACUUUUAUCAAGGGCUACUGCCAAAUUAAUGAUGUGGAUAAAGCUCUUCAUCUUUUCACCACAAUGGCAAGUACUGGCAUCAGGCCAAAUAAAGUUACUUGUAAUAUACUUGUACAUGCACUAUGCAAGAAAGGUUUUUUAGGGGUUGCCACGAAGCUUCUCGGGGAGAUAUUAGCUGACAACAAGGACAAGGCAACCUCUGAUAUAAUUACAUCAACUAUACUCAUGGAUAGCUAUUUUAAGAGUGGAGAUAUGAUUAAUGCUCUAGGUAUUUUGGAUGAUGUAUUUCACAUGAAUACUCAAAUGGAUCUUGUAGCUUAUAAUGUCCUUAUAAAUGGGUUUUGUUUGAGUGGAGACAUGAACUCUGCAUACAAGUAUUUUUGUCAUAUGCAUAAGAGAGGUACACUUCCAGACAUUUUUACUUACAAUACUCUUCUAAGUGGUCUAUGUAAAAAAGGAAAAUUAGAUGAGGCUUGUUAUGUUUAUGAUGUCAUGUUAAGAGCUGGAAUUGCUCCAGAUCAGAUCUCAUACAAAAUGAUUGUUCAAGGCUUUUGUGUUCAUGGAGAUGUUGUUAAAGCUAGUGAAUUUCUUUUUUAUAUGUUAGAGAAGUCAAUUGUGCCUGAGCCUCAGAUAUGGAACCUAAUAAUUUAUGGUUAUGGAAGAUGUGGAUAUCUUGAUGGUGCAUUCUCUGUUAGAGAUCAGAUGCUGUCCUUUGGUGUUACACCAAAUGUUUUUACCUUUAAUGCAUUAAUUUAUGCAAAAAUAAAAGGAGGAAACAUUGUUGAUGCCAUUUCUCUUAAAACGGGGAUGCUUUUAAAUAGCAUUUUUCCUGAUGUGGUCACUUAUAAUUUGUUAAUUGGUGCUUCAUGCGACAUGGGGCAAAUUCAUUUUGCACUUCAAUUGUAUGAUGAAAUGCUGAGAUUAGGACAUGAGCCCGAUCUGAUAACAUAUACUGAAUUAAUUAGAGGUCAAUGCUUAAGAGGUAAUUUGAAGGUUGCAGAAGAGUUUUUUGUCAAGUUACAGAGGUCUGGUUUACAAAUAGAUCAUGUACCAUUUCAGAUACUUAUAAAGACAUACUGCAAAAGGAGGGAACCAGACAUGGCAUUUGACCUCUAUCGGAAGUGGCUGGCAAGGGAUGAAAGAGUUUGUCCACUUCAAUGAGCUAUAAUUAUAUGGAGUUAUCGGUUGUCAAAAACAAGGCCUCUGGGGUGCCUAGUUUUCAUCUUUGAACAUGAACGAACUUACUUCAGUUGUGACAGUUUUCUGCUAGUAGGAGGCAUGAAUGCUUUUCUUAGAGAUGUUGUUGGCUUAUGGUGGACUGAGUAUUAUUUAGUGUUGUACUUUCAUGCUUUAAGAUGAUGCAUUUCAUGGUUGGCAUCUUCACCGAAUUCACAAAAUGGUUCCCCUUUCCACUUGUGUUGCUUUUGUUGCAUGGUUCCGUUGUACUGUUCUUCCAUAUAUUAUUUACCAUAAAUAAUUACAGAUGAGAUUGCAAUUGGUUUUUUCAACCACAGGUGCAGGAAGAUGACUUGCACCAUACCACAACAUAUCCUAGUCUAUGAGAUGAAUGGUCGGGCACUCGGCCUUGCAUUUGCUCAUUCAUUUGGAAAAUUGUUUGAUCUUAACUCCCAAAAGUGACAUGAAUAAUAAUAUGAUUGUAAACUUGUUCUUUGCAUAUCUCACUAUGUUGUUCAGGAUGAUGGGAGACAACCAGUGAUUCAACCCUGGUUUGAUAUGUUCAAGAGUUGCAUUAUUAUUGGGCUUAAACCAAGAAAAAGUUCCGAUGGGUUUGCUAGCUUCGCGUUGGACAAGUUAGGGCUGUGGAGUUUGUGCGAAGCUGUUGUGGUGGAAAUGUUGAGCAGAUAGCAGCUUUCAAAAUUGGAGCUUUUGUUAGAGAAUAAAAUGCUAGGCUGGGCUAUUGACAAGGUGCAUGAAGGUGAUUCAUUGACCAUUCCAACUUCUUCCUAGAUUCAAUAAUCUGAAGCCAAACAAACAGAAAAAAAAAAUGUACCUUUUGAUUGAAAAAACCCGUAUCAAUAUGCUCUAAUUAAUUACUUGGUUGAAAUUGGAGAGAUACUUUUGUACCUUCUUUGAAAUGUACUCAGUAAAUCAUCUUCAAGAAAUUUUUGUAUUUGUGGGUCAAAAUUACAAAGACGGAUGAUGAUAGUUUCUGAGGAAUUCUUUUAUAUAUAAAAAUAAUGAUGAUGAUGAUAAUUAAUUAGCA